AUGGACGGCAAGCUGAGCUUUUGGGGCGUGGAGGUGAAGCCCAAGGAGACCCUCACAGUGGAUCCCAACGACGAUGCUGACUACCUCCACAUUUCCCAGGCGGCGCUGGGAGUGCAAGCGAAGGACAACGAGAGAGUGGUGGUGCAGCUGAGGGAGGAGGUCGACGAGGAGGACGACGACGAAGACGACGAGGCUCCUCCGGCGCCCGUGACGGUGGUGCUGGGCACGCUCGUGAAGGGCAAGGUGGACCAGAUGAGCCUGGAUCUCGUGCUCGACCGGCCGUUCAGCCUCUUCCACUCCGGCUCGCACAGCAUCUUCUUCUCCGGGUACAAGACGCGCGACAGCGGCGACGAUGACGAUUAUGACAUGGACGAGGACGAGUUCGACGAGGAGGACAUUGAGGAGGACGAGGAGGACGAGCUGGAGGCGGAAGACACACCGCCGCGCAAGAAGGCCCCUGCCGCCGUUGCAGCCAAGGCUGGGAAGAAGGGGGCAAGCCCGAGCAAGGACGCAGAGAUGGCAGACGCGGCCGAGCCAGCCAAGCCCGCCGCCGCUGCUGCUGCUCCUGCUGCUAAACCUGCUGCUACACCUGAGCCUGCAGCGGGCGCCAAGCGCCAAGCGGACUCCCCCGCGGCCACUCCCUCGCCUGCUCUCUCCAAGGCGCAAAAGAAGAAGCAACGCAGAGAAGCAGCCGCUGCCGCUGCCGCCGCUGGUGGUGCUGCUGCUCCUGCUGCCUCCCCUGCCGCCCCCUCUCCCGCUCCUGCCAAGGAGGCUGCCAAGCCUGCCACUCCCGCUGCCAAGCCUGCAGCAGCAGCGCCAGUAGCAGCCACACCGCCAGCAGCAGCAGCAGGAACACCGGAGCCUGGUGCCACAGCCACCCCUGCUUCAGGAGGGAAGAAGAAGGCUAUUUUCCACUGCACACAGUGCCCCAAGAAGUUCAAUGCGGAGGCGUUUUUGACGAAGCACAUGGAGACCAAGCACUCAGCUUAA